CUACUUCAUCAUAUCAAGUGAUAAUUUAACAGAUUCAAGUGAAGAGGGUUUAGCUUAUCAUCCAAGCAGGCUUAUGGGAAUCGAUGAUAUUUUGAAUGCUGAUUCAUUAGUGGAUCUCAUUUCUGGACUAGGCGCUGAGCAUGAAAAACUGCUCCUAUCUGUACCUGCUACAGCACUGAAAUUCAAUCUAAAAGAUCCCAAGGACAAUAUGCCAAGAGCCAAAGUUACUGGCCCACCUGAAUCUAUUUCUCAAAAAGAGUUAUGCUCUCUUAUUGAAAAUGGCUUAUGGACUCUAGAGCGUGAAGAAGAUUUAACAGCUCCUUAUGCUUACUCCAGUACUACAUGGUUGGCAUUUGAUGAUUCUGUCAGUGCAGCUAUAAAGGCCAAAUACAUUUUGCUCAGAGGAUUAGCUGGUAUAGCAGUAACAAAGUCAGAAGCUGACGAUUGGGGUCAUGCUUGUGCUUCUCGGCCAAUUCUUGAUACCAUCUAUAGUACCUUUACCAAUCUAGUGAGGAAACCUCGUGCUGCCACACUUCUUUCAUUGCAAGACCAAAUACAUAACUCAAUAUCUCCUUUUGCUGGAGACAUUCAGUUAUCUCCUUACAGGAUAGUUCGUGUUGUUGAUCGAGCUGGUUCAGUUCAUGUUGUAAGAAAAGAGGCUAAAACUGAAUUCCAAUGUUCAAGACAAGGAUACUUUACACACCCCUCAGGAUGUAAUAGAUUUUAUCGUUGUGUGAAAUUCAAUCAGUAUUCAUCAGAUUUUACUGUAUUUGAAUAUGACUGUCCUGCUGGACUUGCAUUUGAUGAGCGUUAUGAAGUAUGUGUUUGGCCUGGUUCAUUGCCAGAUGCAUCAGCUUGCAAAGGUUCUAGUGAAAUUGCUCCAGUACCUCGAUCUCGAUACGCCUGUUCAUCUCAAGGAUAUUUCGCUGAUCCUGAAAAUUGCCGAUGGUUCUUUGCUUGUCUGGAUCACCAUGGAGAUGGAACAGCACCAACAGCCUAUGAAUUCAGAUGUCCUUUUGGCCUUGUGUUUAAUGAAAAAACACUGACAUGUGAUUGGCCCUGGUCUGUUCCUGGAUGUGGAGGUGGAUCAGGAUCAGUUAUUCAUACUUCAUCUAUUUAUCCUGGUGACAUAUUAGAAGGAAGGUUGAGACCUGCAUACGCACAGGUUUCAGAUUUACAUGUGUCUGGGGGAAGAAUUGCAGAUGUUGAUGGUGGUCUUGUUCUUGGAACUAAUCUCCUAUCUGGAAUAAGCACUUCUGGUCAAAGAUACAGCAAUGGCUAUGGUUACGGACUUGCAAAUCAAAUUAAUUCUGCUUUUGGAAACUCUAAAUAUGAGGAUAAUAGUGGAGCUUAUAUUCACGAUCCUACAGGAGAUACAGGUGGUGAAUAUAUACAUGAGGAAGGACCACAAGGACCACAUGGUAAAGGAUCCAUUUACGCAGCUGGACGUGGAUCAUAUGGCAUUUCAAGUUCAGGUGCAACUGGAAAUAGUGGACUUUAUGUUUAUGAUUCUAGCGGAGAUAGUGCUGGUCAAUAUGUUCAUUCUGAAGGCUCACAGGGUACUGGAUCAUACAGUUCAACAGGAGCUUCUGGUGGAUAUUAUGCAGGAGGCAAAAUUUUAGUUUCUGGAGGUUCAGGAUUAGAUAAUUCAGGAGCAUACAUUCAUGAUUCAAGAGGAGAUACAGGAGGAGGUUAUGUUCAUCAAGAGGGCCCUGAUGGAUCAGGAUCUAAGACUUAUCUCCAUUCAGGAUCUUCAGGUGUACAAUAUGGUAAUGCAGAUGGUCAUUAUAUCCAUUCUGAAGGGUCACAGGGUACUGGAUCAUACAGCUCAUCAGGAGCUCCAGGAGGAUAUUAUACAGGUGACAAAGUUUUAGUUUCUGGAGGUUCAGGCAUAGAUAAUUCUGGAGUUUAUGUUCAUGAUUCUAGAGGAGAUAAUGUUGGUCAAUAUGUCCAUUCUGGUGGCUCACAGGAUACUGGAUCAUACAGCUCAUCAGGAGUCUCAGGUGGGCAUUAUACCGGGGACAAAGUUUUAGUUUCCAGUGGUUCAGCAAUAGAUAAUUCUGGAGGAUACAUUCAUGAUUCAAGAGGAGAUACAGGGGGAGCUUAUGUUCAUCAAGAGGGACCUGAUGGGCCAGGAUCUAAGCCUUAUCUUCAUACAGGAUCUUCAAGUGUACAAUAUGGUAAUGCUGGUGGUGAAUUGAAUGCUUAUGGACAUGAUUACAGAGGAGAAACUGGUGGAGGAUAUGUACAGCAAGUUGGUACAAGCGGCCCAAGUUCUGUUAUUUAUUCUGGUAUCAAAUCUUCAGGUUACUCAGGAGCACAACUCACUACUGACCUUCAUCAAUCUGGAGUCAAUCAAGCUGUUUUCAGCUCCAAAAUUCCUACUACAUUAACAUCUGGAGCAUAUUUUCAUGAUUCAAGAGGAGAUACAGGAGGUGCUUAUGUACAUCAAGAAGGUUCAUCUGGUUCUGGUUCUGUUCCGUAUAUUUAUCAAGAAGGAUCAUUUAAAGACCAAAAUCUUGUUAGUGGAGGUGUCAAAACAAACCAAGAAUAUUCUACUGGUUAUAUAGGAGUACAGCAUCUUGGAACUGGAGGAUUCGCUAGUGGUUCUUAUGCUAGUAAUUCUGGGCAAUAUAUUCAUGAUUCUACUGGUGACAAAGGAGGUGAUUACAUACACCAAGAAGGUCCAUCUGGACCAGGCUCUGUUCCUUAUGUACAUCAAGAAGGAGGAAAUAUAGAAAGUGGCUCAAGGGGUGGUUUGAAUAUUAAAACAGGCCAAAGUUACACAACAAGUUAUAUAGGACAAAACAUUGUUGGUAUUGGUGGAUAUACUGCUGGUUCUCACAGCACUACUUCAAACAAUGGUCAGUAUAUUCAUGAUUCUAGGGGCGAUAGUGGAGGAGAAUAUGUACACCAAGAAGGUCCAACAUAUGGCCAGGGACUAUAUGCUGGCAGAUAUUCUGGGCACUAUAUACAUGAUAAUAGUGGUUCCUACAUCCAAGGCAGCAGUGGAUUCUAUAAUCAACCAUAUGUGCACCAAGAAGGACUCGCAGGAACAUCACGUCCAUUAUACCAAGGCGUUAAUAUUUACAAUAGCCAAUAUGCUGGACAAUAUGCUUCUAAGUAUGCAACAGAUCAAAAACAUUUGUUUCAUUACGGAAGCGCAAACAUUGAUGGAGCACAUCUGUAUCAGCCCGGAGAAGGAGUAAUUCAUACAUAUGACAAUUCAAGACUUCAUGUCCAGCCGCUGGGUUAUAAGGGAUCAUUACUAAAACCAAUUAGUAUAGCUAAAUUCCCUGGUGUUCCACUAAAUCCAAUUCAAUAUUCAUCACCUGUCACAAAUAUCCAUCCAAUUUCAGUUACAACACCUAGUCCAGCAGUUUUAACAGAAAUCAAAUCUCAUACAGUUCAACCUAUUACAGUGACUGAAAAGCCACUUAUUCCACUAAGCCCAGUUCAAUAUAUAACUCCAUUGAAAGGAGUAAAGACAAAUGGUUUACAAUCUUUAUCAUUAAUAAAGGGCAGUCAAGAAAUCAGCCAUUCAUAUAUUUCUCCGACUGUGGGUACUAAAACUAUUUCAUUUAAUCCAGUACAAUAUCACCAAGAAACAAAUGCAAAUACUGGAUUUUCAGGAUAUGAAUACUCUAAACCGAAAAUUACUUUCAGUUAUCCAGAGCAUGUAGUUAAACAUCAUUAUGCAGCACAACCAACACCUACUUCUUAUUUCACUGGAUAUUCUUACCAUCCCUCAGUUCCUGUCCAGUCUGUAAAUACUGUAAUUAAUCAGCCAGUAAUUAAAACUAAUGUUGCAUCACCAGUUUUUGUAAGCAGUACUCCAAGACCAUAUUUAGUAAAUUAUAAAGAACCAGUAAUAGAUUCACAUAUUGUAAGGCCAGUGUCUGUUUCAAGCCCUCCAAUUGUGCCUCUGAACCCAGUACAAUAUGGAACGAAAAUUGAGACAAUACAGGUUAGCACACCAGCUCCUCCGACACUGAUAUCUAGCCACUCAUAUAACCCAGUCAUAAAAACACAAACAGUGCGUCCUAUUAUUGUUUCGAGCACUCCAGCUAUACCUUUAAGCCCAAUUCAAUAUGGAACUAAAGUUCAGACAUUUGAGGCUAGCACACCAGCACCUCCUCAGAUAUCCAGUUAUUCAUACAACCCAGUCAUAAAAACACAAACUGUUCAUCCUGUUAUCAUCUCAAGCACACCUGCUGUACCACUAAACCCUGUCCAAUAUGGAAUUAAAACAAUAAGUAGUUCAGUUGGAUACCAUUACUCUAAACCAAUUGUUGGUCUACCUUAUCCUAAAAAUGUAUAUAGUACCCAAGCCCCACCAGUCAUCAGCUAUACAUACCAGAAACCAGUAGUUAAAACUCAGCCAAUCCAUCCAAUUGUGAGUACACCUGCUCUCCCAGAUGUUAGCAUUUCACAUGAAAUUCCUCUUCAAAAAAUCUCUAUAAAUAACCCACCUCAACCUACAUUUGAAUAUUCAUACAAACAACCAAUUAAACAUGUUUCUGUCAGCACCCCAGCUCCUCCAGUUGUGGGUUAUUCUUAUCAACCACCAGUUAAACCUGUAGUUCCCGUUGCUGUCAGUACACCUGCUCCUCCAGUAGUUAGCUAUUCUAUUACUCCACGACCAGUCAUAGUUAGCAGCACACCUUCAGUUCCUCUAAACCCAGUUCAAUAUUUAAAUCAUGUGUCAAUCAGUAACCCGGCUCCACCUACAUUUGGAUAUUCUUACAAACAGCCUGUUAACCCAAUAGUUUCUGUUCCUGUGAGUACUCCGUCACCUCCAGUUGUGAACUACUCUUAUCAACAACCAAUAAAGCCUGCAGUAAUUGCAGUAAGCACUCCAGCCCCACCUGUAAUAAGUUAUUCUUAUAAACAACCACUUAAGCCUGUUGCCAUCAGCACAUCUGCACCUCCUGUAAUUAGUUAUUCAAGUACUCCACGACCAAUAAUUGUUAGUAGCACGCCUUCUGUUCCUCUCAACCCAGUGCAAUACGUAAAUCCUGUAUCAAUAAAUCACCCUGUUCAACCAGCAUUUGGUUACUCUUACAAACGACCAAUUAAUCCAAUUAUACCUGUUUCUGUUAGUACCCCAGCUACACCAGUUGUGGACUAUUCUUACCAACAAUCAAUUAAACCUGUAGUUCCGAUUGCUGUCAGUUCACCAGCUCCGCCAGUAGUUAGCUAUUCUACUACCCCACGACCAAUAACUGUUAGUAGCACACCUAGAGUCCCCCUAAACCCAGUUCACUAUGUAAAUCCUAUAUCAAUCAGUACUCCAGCUCCACCAGUAUUUGGAUAUUCAUACAAUAAACCAAUAAAAUCUUUUGUACCUGUUUCAGUCAGUUCUCCAUCGCCUCCUGUUGUAAGCUACUCUUAUCAACAGCCAAUCAAGCCUGCAGUUAAUAUAGCAGUCAGUACUCCAACCCCUCCUGUAAUAAAUUAUUCUUAUAGGCAACCAGUUAAACCAGUAGCAAUUAGCACUCCUGCUCCACCAAUAAUUAGUUAUUCCACAACACCACGACCAAUUAUUGUUAGCAGCACACCUACAGUUCCCUUAAAUCCAGUUCAAUAUGUAAAUCCUGUUUCAAUUAGUAACCCAGUUCAAGCCACAUUUGGGUAUUCAUACAACCGGCCCAUAAAACCAAUUGUACCUGUUUCUGUCAGUACUUCAGCUCCACAUGUUGUAAGCUAUAAACAGCCAAUUGUGCCUAUAUCUGUCAGUGCUCCUUCUCAACCAGUAUUUGAAUAUUCCUACAAACAAUCAAUAAAACCAGCAGUUUCUAUUGCUGUCACCACACCUUCUCCUCAAGUAGUAAGAUAUUCUACUACUGUGCGACCAGUACAACCAAUAGCUGUUAGUAGUACUCCAGUUGUUCCCUUAAAUCCCGUGCAGUAUGUAAAUCCUGUAUCAGUCAAUACACCAGUUCAACCAGCAUUUGGGUAUUCUUACAGAAGACCAGUUAAACCAGUAUCUGUAAGUACACCAGCUCCUCCAGUAGUCAGCUAUUCAUAUCAACAACCAAUUAAACCUGUCAUUCCAGUUCGAGUCAAUACACCAGCACCAGUUGUGAGCUAUUCUUAUCAACCACCAAUAAAACCUGAAGUUCCAAUUGCAGUCAGUACACCUGCACCUCCAGUAGUUAGCUACUCUACUACUCCACGGCCAAUAAUUGUUAGUAGUACACCUACUGUCCCCUUAAAUCCAGUUCAGUAUUUCAAUCCUAUUUCAGCUAAUACUCCAGCUCCACUUAAUUUUGGAUAUUCUUACAAACAACCAGCAAAACCACUGACAUUCAAUGUUCCAGUGAGCACUUAUGCUCCUCCUUCAGUUUCUUAUACAUACAAACAGAAAAUUCCUGUAAGUACUCCUGCUCCUGCUGCAGUUGAAUAUGCUUAUCAACAACCCAUCAAACCAGCAUAUUCACCAGAAAUACAUUAUCAAACACCACUUAAACCCGUUGCUCCUCUUGUCAGUUAUUCAUAUCAGAAUCCAACUACCCCUGCACCAGUCGUAUUUAGUACACCAGCAGCUUUCACAAGUCAUCCCCUUCCUGUUCAAAAUAUAAAACAAGUUAAUCUACCUGCCUCUCCCAUAAAUAUUUAUUCUUAUAAACAACCUUCAGCUCCAACAUCAGUGAAUUCGCCUGUUUCUCCUUCAAUUACUUAUUCUCAACCAGCCCCAUUCAGUACAUCAGCACCAGCUCUCUUAAACUAUUCUUAUAAUGUCAAAGAUGUCCAAUCCAUUUCUGUAAGUAGUACUCCUACUGUCCCUCUAAAUCCAAUACAAUAUGUAAAACAUGUAACUACCUCAACCCCAAAUGUUUCUUAUUCCUAUAAGAGACCGCUCGAACAAUCUGCUGUUAACAAGGCCACCAAUAUAGUAUUCAGUUACACAUUUGAUUCUAAACCAGUAAGACCAGUCACUGUUUCAAGUACUCCAGCCAUUCCUCUCAACCCUGUGCAAUACUCCGUUACACCUGCCCCAGCUGUAACAUAUAGACCAGUUUCAACUUACAGCACAUCAGUGCCUGUUAUAAAUUAUUCGUACCAGCCUUCUAUAAAAUCAGUAACAAAUCGACCAUUGCAGCCAGCAGCAGUGACUACCCAUGCUCCGGAAGUUAGCUAUUCUUAUCAAGAGGAACCUGAUUACUUCUUAAAACUGAAAACUGUACGUCCUGUAUCUGUGACUAGCACUCCAGUAGUUCCAUUGAAUCCAAUUCAAUAUGUUAGCACAACACCACGACCAGUAAUCAAUUACCAAUACCAAAAUCCUGUUAUAAAAACACAUACCUCAGUCGUCGCUCCAUCAGUUGAUUAUUAUGAUGAAGAAGUAUUACAUCAAGAAAUUACCAAAAUUCAACCUAAACCAGCUGUUGGUUCCUUUUAUGAAGUGCCUGUCAGAACAACAACAUUGGCUCCAAUAACAGUUACCAGCACUCCUGUGGUCCCAUUGAAUCCAGUGAAAUAUGUGAAACAUUCACAACCUGUAUUCAGUUAUACCUAUAACCAUGCACAACCUGGAUCCUACAAUACAAAAGGUUGUUGCUCAAGCCCUUCAGUCAAGGUUUCUUCUACUCCCAAACCUAGUGUUUUCAAAUCCACAGCAUAUCCUUCAACUAUUAUUUCUACAAAGAGACCUGUUGUGGGUGCAUACUUUGAGGAAAAUUAUGAAGCUAACAGACAAGAAGAAGGUUAUGUUUACUCACGACCUAAUAUUAAGUUUGAGGAAACACCCUUAAUCAAAGGUGUUUAUAGCACACCUCCUCCCUAUAACAAUCCACCAAAGAUCACUACUUCAACAUACCUGCAAAGGCCAGUUCAGACUUAUGCAAAUACUGUAGAAGAAGAAUCAUAUAUUUCAAAUACUCCAGAACAUGUUACAACACUGGUUAAACAACCAAUUUCAGUUGAUACUAGUGAUGAAGAUCUUAACCUUCAUUUAGACAUUCCUAAAAUUGGAGUAAAUAGACCAGUUUAUACAACUACCAGCACACCACAACAACAAAUAGUGGAAGUCACUACAGUAACACCAGUUGUUAAGAGAGUACGAGUUAAAGGUGGGUUGACUAGAGGUGGAUAUUAUGUCCGUAGACAAAAAGUGAAAGUGCAACCAGUUAUAACCACAACCGAAAAUUAUCCCGCAUAUUUUACUUCAACCAUUAAACCAAUAUAUUCUUCAACAAUUGAUUUUUCAUCACCAACUCUUUACAGCACAACAGUUAGGCCAUCAACUGUAUAUACAACCUCUUCAACAACUUUGAAAGAUGAUGAACUUGAAGUUGAAGAUGAAGAUUAUGAUUCAAAACUCAUUGAGCAAGUGUCAGGACAAUUUGGUGAAAUAAUUAAUGCUGGUAAUCAAGGAAUCAUUCGUCAAGGAUUUUCAACUACCACUGUUUCAAGCUUGAAAGAUGGGGAAACUAUAGUAGGAGUAGUUAAAAAAGAAAGGGUUGCAGGAGGAAGAAAUAAAGCUAAAGUAGUUGUUGUUUCCAAAUUAAGUGAUUUUAAUCCUUUGUUAGUCGGAAAACUUGGAGCGGAAUGUAGCUGUAAGUCAAAUUCAAAAACAUUAAAUCUCCAAAGGGGUAGUUCUGGAAAUAGAGGACAACUCUUCUAUCCUGAAGUGCAAAAUGCUCGAGUGCCAUCGCGAGAAUACUUACCAACAUCAUCCGAGCCACCUAAAGUUAAUGAUUACUAUCUGCCUGCAAGUGAAGUGCCGUUUGUCAAUGCUAAACCAAGUACAACAAUAUCAUCAAAUAGCUAUGAUGAUCAAUCCUAUGUAGAAAUUAGACCUAUCAAUAAAGUUCAAAAGUUCUAUACCUCCACUGGUCCAUCAAUUGAUUCUAUAAGAGCAGACUACGAUACAACAACUAAGAGAAGUAUAGGUAUAAACAAAGUUGGAAUUACUCUUGAAAAGACUUUAGAAAAGGGUGCAUCAUUUGAUCGAUAUGGUCCAGGUGGUCUACGUGGAGCUGAUGAAACUCUUCAAGGAUCUGUUGACUGUCAACGAGCAGGUCUUUUCCGUCAUCCAAAAUACUGUAAUAAGUUUUAUGCUUGUAAUUGGGAUCAAUGGAAAAAGAGAUUUACAUUACAUGUGUUUAACUGUCCAAUCCAUCUUGCAUACGAUUCUCAAUUGGGUGCCUGCAACUGGCCUUCCAAGGGUCCUGCUUGUGCAGAUGAUAAUCUUUUGGUUUAAAACUAAUUAUGUUAUAAAGCAAAAUAUUUAUUCAUUUUGAGCUAAUUUCACAUAGAUAAACACUGGCAUUUCAUGAUUAUUUGUUAUCAAAUAUUUUCAACAUCAACUAAAAAUUAAUAGAUUUUUUUUAAAAAUGCUUUGUCUUUAUCUUUGUGAAUUUAGCUUAAUUAGAUUUCAAAAAAAUGUGUCAUAUUUUAAAAGACAAAUCAACAGUUUAUUUAAAUUAUUUGUCUUAAUAUAAGAAUGUUACCUAUUUAUAAAAUUAAUUGCCUUAUUUUUCAUAAUUUAAGAGUAAAACUGGCCUUAUAUUAACGGCCAAUAUGAAAAUGAUGUAUGCAUAUUUAUGCAGCCAAUGAUCAUAUUUAUCAUUGUUAUAAAUAUUUAGGAAAACUAUAGUUUUCUUGCCAUGUCAUUGCCAUAUGGUUCUUUUGAACCUGUAUUUUUUUAACUUAAGAAUUUAAUUGUAUUAAAUACAAACAUCCACUGAGCUUUAUUGUACAUAUUAAUUGUAGUGCUUAUCAUUUAGGUGUCAAAAAGUCUUAAAAAACUUGUCUAUAAUGUUUUAUAAAUUUGUAAUAAUGUAUAAAAAGAAUAUACUAUUAGUUCAUAAUGCAUU